UGUAGAAAGGUGUGCUAACCUAGUUUAUUCCAGCGGUGGGAGAAAGAACCUGAAGAACAUCAGCAUGUCGUCAGGUCUGGGGCUGAAACCGCGAAUGCGGCUGUGUUUAAAAGUGUUGCAGAUGUUUAUGAAGGAGGAGGAUCCGCGAGUUUUUUUCAACGAAGUUAUAGCUGAGGAGGAAUACACUCGGAUAGUGAAAAAGCCUAUGGACUUAGGCACAAUCAAGAGGAAACUACAGAAUGGAGAGUAUCAAACACCAAGCACAGUGCUGGCAGAUGUGGAACUGAUAUGGCGCAACUGUAGGCGGGCAUAUCAGAGGGACUCAGAAAUACGACAUGCAUGCAAACGGGCCUCAGCUCGCUUCGAGGAGAUGUGGAAGGAGCAUGGACUUUACUCCCCAGAAGUGAUGUCGCCCGUGAGCAUUCCUCUACAGCACUCCCACCCUGUUGGACGAACAGGUGAUACUGAAGGAGCAGAGAAACGCGUUCCAGCGCAAACUGUCUUAAGGAGAGGUGAUACUGACGGAUCAGCAGAGAAGCAAGCUCAGCAAACACGAUAUGGGGCCAUGGCUGCACCCAAUGACCUUGAAGUUCGGCGAGAUAUGACGGAGUUUGAAAUGGGCGGCCCGAUAAUUAUUCCGAUGAGCACGAAAAGGAAACGGGGGGCUCGGAUCCCUCGCCGGUCAGGCGAGGAAAAAAGUGGCCGGGAAGACGAGUCAGGAAUAGGUGCGGGAGAGGGCCUGAGGACUGUGAAUCAGGAGGUUCGGGGGCAAGCUGCUGUAGGGGCAAUUCAAAGGGAGCAACCGCCUGGGCCUGGGGUGAGGACGGGGACGGGCAAUGCCUUCUUCCCCUUGACCUUCUCGGAGAGGCACGUGGAUACAUUACCGAAGAACGAAGUGGUGAGGCCGAGGUCGUUAAAGAUAUUGGGGUUAUCGCAGAAAGGGCUUGGAGGGGAGCAGAUGGAUGAAGAGAGGAGGAGGAACAGGGAGGGCGAAAGAACGAAGGACAGAGAGAAGGAAAAAGGAAGAGAACGGGAAAGAGAAAGGGAGAGGGAGAGGGAGAGGGAGAGGUCGUUAAAGAAUGUGGGGGGAUUUGCGGAGGAAGGGCUUGGAGGCGAGCAGAUGGAUGAUGAGAGGAGGCGAAACCGGGAGAGGGAAAGGACAAGGGACAGAGACAAGGAGAAAGGAAGAGAGCGGGAACGAGAAAGGGAGAGGGAGAGGGAGAGGGAGGAGAGGGAGAGAGAGGGAGAGAAGGAAGUAGAGAGAGAAAGGCAGAGAGAGUGGGAGCGAGAGAGGUCGUUAAAGAAUGUGGGAGUUUCGCAGAGAGGGCUUGGAGGCGAGCAGGUAGAUGAUGAGAGGAGGCGCAACCGAGAUAGGGAAAGAACGAAGGACAGAGACAAGGGAAAAGGAAGAGAACGGGAAAGAGAAAGGGAGAGAGAAAAGGAAAAGGAGAGGGAGAGAGAGAGGGAGAAAGAACUAGAGAGAGAAAGGCAGAGAGAGUGGGAGAGAGAACAACAGCGGGAGCGGGAACUGGAGGCCGAGAGAGAGAGGGAGCGCGAGAAGGAGCAGGAACGGGAGAAGGAAAGAGAGCGGGAGAGAGAACGAGAGCGAGAGAGAGAACGUGAGCGGGAGAGAGAACGAGAGCGAGCGAGGGAACGGGAGCGGCAGAAGGAACUGGAGCGGGAGCGGGAGCGGGAGCUAAAGAGGGAAUUAGAACGGGAGCGUGAAAGAGAGCUUGAGAGGGAGCGAGAGCAAAGAGAGAAGGAGAGAGUGGAAAGGGAGAGAGAGAGGGAAAGGGAGAGAGAGAGGGAAAGGGAGAGAGAGAGGGAACGAGAGAGAGAAAGGGAAAGGGAGAGGGAGAGGGAGAGGGAGAGAGAGAGAGAAAGGAGAGAGAGGGAGAGAAGAGAGCGGGCGGAGAGGGAGCAGAUGGAGAUGGAACAGCAGAGUGAACGAGGGAAAGAAGAUUCUGGAGGAGUGAAGGGGCGAGGAGGAAGUCUUGGCGAUGUCUUUGGCGGAGAAUUGGGAUCGGGAUCGAAGAUGAGCAGGGAUGAGAGGGAAAGGAAAGGUCUUGCAGAUGUUAAGGAAGAGGAAGUAGGUGUGCGGAAGAAGCGAACGCGGACGAUGCCGUCCAAGUUCCAGGAGACCGUUCCUUCGUCUAUUCUCCCGUUGCUGAACCGGCGUGGGGGGGGGGUAGGCAAUCUGACGGGCAUUGAGGGGGCCAUUCUUGGGGGCGCUUUCACGGCCAUGAAGGGAAGGGAUGGUCAGAUGGGUACGGCAGGGGAUGGCAGGAGGGGAGGUAGUGGAGGAGGAGGUGAGUUUACGAAAUUUGGCAUGAGUGGCCAUCUCAGGAACCAAAUCGGCUUAUCCUACCCAAAGAGUGCAAAAGGUGGAAGUGGGGAGCUGUUUGGUAAGGGCGCCAAGAUGAUUUCUCGCCUGGAUGACGGGAGGCGAGAUGACUUGAAGAAGUGUUUACAGGUGUGUAGGAAGGUCCUAAGAAUCCCAGAGGCAGAGCCGUUUGCAGACCCAGUUAAUCCUGAACUGCUAGGCAUACCGGACUACUUCGAUGUGAUUGAGAGCCCAAUGGAUUUGGGGACCAUCAAGAAGCGCCUGGAGAAAGGCGAGGUAUAUACAUCAGCUCUUGAUGUAAUCAGAGAUGUCGAGCUUGUUUGGCAUAACUGUAGACUAUACAAUAACGCAGGAGAUCCCAUUUUGACCCACCUGCGAAUCACACAGGCAGCUUUCAAUCGGUUAUGGAGAGAGGUAGGGCUCCCAAGUCGAGAGGAGCUGAUUCGAGAAGAAAUGGAGGAGGGAGAAGGAGGUGAGGAAGAAGAAGGAAAUGGUGAAGAAGAGGAGGAAGAAGAGGAAGAUGAGAUCGUUGAGGAGUUUAUGGAGGAGAUUGAUGAUCAGGAGGAAGAGGAGGAUGGCUUGACAGGCGGAACGAAGGUGCAGCCAUUGGAGUUCCUAGGUCUUGGAAGAAGGGCACUAGGGUUUGGCAAUGGUGAUGAAGAGGGAAAUGAAGAGGAAGAAGAGGAAGAGGAGGAAGAGGAGGAGCUGGUCGAAGAACUAGAGGAGUUGGAGAUGACUGAGGAAGAGGAUGGAGAAGAUUAUUCGAUGUUGCAUUUGCAUGGUAGUUUAGGUGGCAGGGAGGUAGAAGAGCAGGAGGAAGGAGCAGAGGAAGACGCAUACGAGGGAGCAAUGCUGGGAGGUUAUUUGGCCGAGGAUGUACGGGCAAAGAAACGCAAACGGGAGUUGGAACGCCAAGAUGAAGACGAUGAGCUGUCUAGAGACGGAAGCAGGAGGAGGAGAAAGAAGAACGCCGUUCAGUUUGUCCUACAAAGGAGCGCGUAUGGGCGAGUGAGUCCACUGAGAUCCGGCCGAAGUGAUGAUAAGGUGAUCGGGAAUAGCAAAGGUGAGGAGGAGGAGCUCGAAGAGGGUGAGAUUGGGCAAACCUCACCAAGCGAUCUGGAGGAGGAGGAAGUGGAGGGAGAUGCUGAGGAAGAUGAAAGGCCAUUAUUUCAGGAAACAGAGGAGAAGGGACCUCCUGAAGGGGAGGGUGAGGCAGAGGAAUUGCCAGGAGGAGAUACCAGUGAGGCGGUGGGAGGCGCGACUGCAGAGUCGCUGUUGGAGAGUACAGCACAGAAGAAGCGCAGAGUGCCAGAAAAGGGAUCGGGACAGAUGCAGUCGGAAGGUCGUGCGCCGAGGGCCGUGGGCACCCUUCACCACAAGGUGGACUGCCCAUGCGUGGUGUGCGUGGGCCAGCGUCGCAAGCAGCUGCAGCAGGGAAUGAACAUAACGAAGAGGGAGAGGGACCGGCUGCGAAGGGAAAGGAUCAAGAAGGAGAAACAACUGCAGUCAGCAGGGGAAAAGAGAUCCUCAGCUUUUCAUGUCCAACAGAAGGGCAUUGGCCUCCCAACAUCUUCAUUCGUUGAUGGUGCUGUCGAUUUGAACGACGAUGGAGAGGACAUUGAAAUCGCGAUCGACCACAAGUUAGACAAUCUGGACGAGCAUGGUUUAGCGAAGUGCUUUCCAACAAUGUAUGCUGUACCUCCUCCAUAUAUCCACCCGCAGUUAUUGAGACUGGGAGCCAUGCUGUUCACGAACAGCCCAGGACACUGCCUCAUGACUGCUGCAGGCAUUGCUGGUGCUGGGACCUCACGUGAGCCCCAGUUUUAUGAGGAUAGCUGUGGGAUAUCCAGUAAGGCUGGGGAGAAUUUGGCAAUUUUGAAUGACAGACCACUUCCGAGACUCGUCUCACAGCUCUUGGGGGACUUGCGAGGCGAUCAGAAGUCUGGGAACCCCGAAGUAUUUCAAAGGGCUGAAGCCUUGGGUAAUGCCCAAACCAACAGACUGCAAGCCCCCCCUGCUACAGACAAACGUAUGGCCAGCUUGGGCAGUAGCGGAGAGGUUCGACAAAAGGUGGCACCUUCUCAUUACAUGGCUAUGAGAGUGGAUGACGAUUCUGAGGGGGGCAAGAGGAAGUUGGCAGUCUCUGGCGACGGGGAUAUGCAGAGGAAUGGAUCAGACAGUGUGACUGGAACAGGGGGGGGUAGUGGAACAGGUGUGUCAGACAAUGCUCCUUCUGGGCAAUGCGCUGCCGACGUGGGUGGCGCAAAGUCGAUUGAGCAUGGCAGUGAAAUGGGUCCUGUGGCGGUGAUUCAGAGGGUUGGCUCAAAGGGAGGCUCUGGAGGUGCGGAAGUGAGUUCGAAAAGCCAGAAAGGACAUGAUGGUGAGAGUUUUCCUCCUGUGGGCGUGAGACCUCCAAAGCCGGGGAUGGUUUGGUGCCCCUUCUCUGGCUUCUGGAGGUCCACCGGCCGAGUACAGCCAGUGUCGUGACAAAUCUGCAGAGCUGUGGGUUUGAAGUCAAUGGAAACAUGGCUGCUCGUGGAAGGGUGGACAGGAGAUUACCCCCGCCGUUUUUUUUUUUCUUUUUUUUUUCUUUUUCGUGAUUCCUUUGAGAGAGGAAUGAUUAAGAGAAGAUUGUAUAGCAUGGGGCCCUGAGCAAUCACACACUGCUGGGAAGGCUGAGUGAAACGGAUGGUCCCAUGGGUCCCUUUCCAUACGUUGCGUUAUGGUAAUAUGGGCCCCUGUGAA